GCGUAAAUAACGUGGCGGGACGUAUGUGUCAUGGCGAGCUCCAUCUGAAGUCUCCGCAGGUUGGGGAGAGCGGCGUGUGGUCUGUUUCACUUUGGACUGACUCUUCUUUCAAGAGGAUUUGAGACUAAUCGCAGGCAAUCAAGAUUGCUCUUUAAAGUGAGGGUAAUAACACUACCUGCCUCAUGGAGUUGUGAAUGGUUAAUGAGGUGAUCCUGUGAGAACUUGCUUCGUGUCUGGACAUAGUAUUAGUAGUAGUACUACCAAAGAAGAUGCCAUCUGCAUCCUGUGAUUCACUGCUGGAUGACAUAGAAGAUAUUGUGUCACAGGAAGAUUCAAAGCCACAAGAUAGGCAUUUUGCAAGAAAGUACGUUGUUCCAAAGGUGCGAAGGCGAAAUACCCAAAAAUAUUUACAAGAGGAAAACAGUCCACCAAGUGAUAGCAAUAUUCCAGGCAUACAGAAAAUUUGGAUACGAACAUGGGGUUGUUCUCAUAAUAACUCAGAUGGAGAAUAUAUGGCUGGACAACUUGCUGCUUAUGGAUAUAAAAUUACAGAAAAUGCAUCAGAUGCAGAUUUAUGGCUCCUGAAUAGUUGUACUGUAAAAAACCCUGCGGAAGACCACUUUAGAAACUCCAUUAAAAAAGCUCAAGAGGAGAACAAGAAAUUAGUGCUCGCUGGAUGUGUUCCUCAAGCCCAGCCUCGUCAGGACUACCUGAAAGGACUGAGUAUCCUAGGGGUUCAACAAAUAGAUCGAGUAGUGGAAGUUGUGGAGGAAACAAUUAAAGGUCACUCUGUGAGGCUGCUGGGUCAGAAAAAGGAUAAUGGAAAACGGUUGGGGGGAGCACGACUGGAUUUGCCUAAGAUUAGGAAGAAUCCACUGAUAGAAAUCAUUUCCAUCAAUACCGGGUGUCUCAAUGCUUGUACCUACUGCAAAACUAAACAUGCCAGAGGAAAUUUGGCCAGUUAUCCAAUUGAUGAACUAAUAGAUAGAGCCAAGCAGUCCUUUCAAGAGGGUGUGUGUGAGCUAUGGUUGACCAGUGAAGACACUGGGGCUUACGGCAGAGAUACUGGCACCCAUCUCCCCGCACUACUGUGGAAACUGGUGGAAGUGAUUCCUGAGGGAGCAAUGCUGAGGCUUGGCAUGACAAAUCCACCCUAUAUUUUAGAGCAUCUGGAGGAAAUGGCUAAAAUCCUUAAUCAUCCCAGAGUCUACGCUUUCCUGCACAUACCAGUCCAGUCUGCGUCUGACACUGUACUCAUGGAAAUGAAAAGAGAGUACUGCGUGGCCGACUUCAAAAGAGUAGUGGAUUUUCUGAAAGAGAAAGUUCCUGGAAUAACUAUUGCUACAGAUAUUAUCUGUGGUUUUCCUGGAGAAACAGAUCAGGAUUUUCGAGAAACAGUGAAACUUGUUGAAGAGUACAAAUUUCCAAGCCUCUUUAUUAACCAGUUUUACCCAAGACCAGGAACUCCUGCUGCAAAAAUGGAACAAGUUCCCGCACAAGUGAAAAAGCAAAGAACAAAAGACCUUUCUGGAGUAUUUCAUUCUUACAAUCCAUAUGAUCACAAGAUUGGUGAAAGACAGCAAGUGUUAGUAACAGAAGAAUCUUUUGAUUCCAAGUUUUACGUUGCACACAAUCGAUUCUAUGAGCAGGUUUUAGUGCCAAAGAACCCCACAUUCAUGGGGAAAAUGGUCGAAGUGGACAUUUAUGAAUCAGGAAAGCAUUUUAUGAAAGGGCGGCCAGUAUCAGACGCCAAAGUAUACACACCAUCCAUCAGCAAGCCAUUAGCAAAAGGAGAAGUCUCAGGUUUAACAAAGGAAUUCAGAAAUACACUUGGAAAUCACCUGAGCUCAGUACUUCACACCUCUGCUGCAACUCAGCGGGACUCAGCGAGUUCCAGAACGGUGCUGCAAUUGCAGAGGCUGCGUGCGCUGAGGAUGUCUGUGGGCCUGGCUCUGUUUGCUCUGCUUUUUGCUUUUUUUGUCAAGGUCUAUAAUUAAAACUCAACUAAAUGAAGCAUCUUUGAAGAAGAAUAAAUUCCUAAUUAAAAUCUUCAAUGAACAGGAAAGCAACCACAUCGGUUCUCAAAGGCCAUUAAUUUAUGCUGGUCUCACUGCGUCCUCUUCAGCCACACUUUUUAAUGAGGCUCACCCUGUCUCACGUGGAGUUGGGCCCAUUGGUUAUUUGAUCUAAAAACUAACAACAGCUGCCAUAGCAUAUCUUUUAAAUUAAGCCCCUUUUGGUUUAUUUUUAGCAAGAAAUGCAAAUGGUUUUAUCUUCUUUAAAUCUCCAAUCUUGAAGUCAGAACCUAAUCAUACCGUGUGCCUACUCACCUUUUUCUUAUGUGGGAAGAAUUUUCCAUCUUUAAUAAACAUAUUUAAAUGUACCUUCCUGUUUACACUUUGUUUGGAGUCCCGAUGCUACGAACAUCUUAUUUUUCACAGCAGAUGUGUUUCUGAAACGUUUAUAUUGAAACCUUUUCUUGGACCUUGAAUCCUUUUGGAAUGCACAGGGAGUCUGCCAGUUAAAGGACUCUCGGCAACAGUUUGAGAAGUGUGAGGAAUCACCACUUCUUUGGUGCCCACCAACUUUCAAAAACUAGAUCCGUCUAAAACAAGCCGUGCCCUUUUUCUGACCAAUGGCAACAAAUGUUCAUUUUUGACCAAUGGCAACAAAUGUUCAUUUCUACCUGACAUCAUUAGCCUUUUCUAAAUGAAGUGACUCCUUUCACGAUAAAAGAAAUUGGUGUAAUAAGCAAAUCAUAUGACUAUCAGAAUUUAAAGAAGUUACUUGGAUUGUAUCAACACAGGGAAAUGAGGUGCCCGGUGGUUAUCAUAGGACAUUUUUCAUCUUUAAACCUACCCUCCCACCCUGUUCAGCUCUUCCUUUUAUCUCGAAACAUUUUGGCCUUUUAUGUAUCUUUUAAGGAAUACAAAUUAAAAUUGAAUCAUGUUAUCAGUUGGUGAGUGUGAAAAAGAAACAGAAUUUUAGCGUUAGUACAUUUCUCCCAUAACUGGUUUGUGAAUCCAAGAGAAAGUCACAGUGAAAAAGCAAAGGAUCUGCCCGAGAGUCCUACAGAGGAACAUCCACUGUGGCUCAAUCACCCGGACUCCUCAGUCCUGCAGAGUGUAGGAGCCUGGCAGGCACUUCCUUUCUGGAGAUACAUGCAGUCAUUUUUUUUUGUGAAUAAACAAAGUGCGUUCCUGUGUGGUACAUAUUUCUGAAAAACCUAGCAGAAGUGAAAAUACUACUCCAAGCCUAGAGUCACACUAUGUAGGACAUAAGAAAAGCUUUAUACCUCUAACCCGGUUGGAGACAGAAAGUUUUUCUGUUUCCCAAAGCUCACUCUUUCCCCACCAUUUUCCUUUCACCCGCCUCAUCUAAUUUUUUCUUCUUCGCUAACUGUAUGCUUUUCUUUCCUCCAGUCUCCUGCCUUCAUUUUUCCUUCCUGUAAGAGGAUGAUACACCUAGCCGUCCAGCAGCCCCACUGCCACCUCACCAAACCUGGUGGGGAUCCUCAAGGAUUGUUUCGAUCAUACAGGAUGCUCCCCACUCUGCCCCGACUGUUUCUUACCCCCAGUUAGGCUGCAACUCCGCUCUGCUCUUUGUUCCAGAAAGUUACUUAGCCACUGCUCUGCUGCAGGGAGCACAUCAUACAUGGUAUUGGUCAUUGUAUUUAUUGGUGCCAGUUAUGAUGGGAGUGGCAGGGGUGUGGAAAUCCAGCUUACUUUUCUCCAGGACGUCCUGCCAGACGGAGAGAGGAGAGAAGUGUGUGGUAGGUAUCGACAGCACAGUUCUCUGUGGACAGGACUCUGAAUGCAACUGUGUCAGGGAACUGGAAGAGCAAGUGUGGUCGUCAGUAGCAUCAUCGCCUUUCCAGCUCCACUCCUUCCUGCUCUCGGUGGUCGCCCUGGCUAUGUGACCUGCUUUGGCCAGAGCAGGAGGAGUGGAAGUGUCAUGUCUUUCUCUGCGGCAGACACGUUCAGAGCCCACAUGCAGUCUGCCGUGUGUUCUUCCCACCACCAGGGUAAGCGUGUGCACACAUGCCAGGACGAAACCUCUCAGCCUGGGUCCCGAGUAAUGUGAGGAGCAGAGCCCUCAUGUGAGGGCCAGCAUGUGCUAGGCGUGCGUCAAACAAGAAAGGAGCUUUGUCGUGUUAAGCCUCUGAGUUUUGGGAGUGAUCACUAGAGCAUGAGCUGCCUAGCCAAUCCCGACCCAUACAGAUGAUAGGACAAUUCAUCUGCACUUUGUAAGUAUAACUGUUGUACCUCAUGUUGUCUCUUCAUGUUUUCCCUUAGUACCAAAAUUCUUUUCUAAUUUUUCUUUUUUCUUUUUUUUCAUCUGGCCCUCUCUGCUGAAAAUGGGAAUUUAUAAAAAGAUCUAUCUUGGUCUGUUCAGGCUUCUAUAAUAGAAUGCCAUAGACUGGGUGACUUAAACAACACAAAUUUAUUUCUCAUCGUUCUGAAGGCUGGAAAGUCCAAGAUCAAGGUGCUGGCAGAUACAGUAGCAUGUGAGGGCCUCCUUCCGGGUUCAUAGAUGGCCAUCUUCUGGCUGUAUCCUCAUGAUGGAAGGGACAAGGCAGCUCUCUGGGUCUCUUCUUACAAAGGCACUACUCCCAUUCAUGAGGGCUCCACCCUCAACCUGGUCACCUCCUGAAGGCCCCACCUCCCACCAUCACAUUGGGGAUUGGGUUUCAACAUAUGAAUUUGCGGGCACAGCACACAUUCA